AUGGUAAAAGCAAUCUCUUGGCAUGAAACUAAUAUAAGAUGGUUUGUAUUAUGUCUAAUUGGUGUUUAUCCAUUAGCUCAAUUCCUUAUAGCUGAAUUGCCAGCAUUGUUAGGAGAAUAAAUAAAGAACUAUUUUUAGGUAACUCAAGAAGAUGUUAAUUAUUUACUAUUAUUUGAAUCACUUCCAAAUAUGAUUAUGACAUUAGUAGGAGGUUUAAUAAUUGAUGCUUUUGGUGUUAGAAGAUCAUAUGUACUUUUUGGAUUAGUAGUAAUUCUUGGUUAAUGUAUGUUUAUAAUAAUUACCACAUUUAGUUUUGUGCUUAGUUUCAGUGUUUUUACAAAGUUUUAAAUUAAUGAUUAUUGGAAGGUUUAUAUUUGGUAUAUUUGAAUCAAGUGGAUGUGUAGCAGAGAGUUAUUACAUUAAUAAAUGGUUCAAAGAUAAAGAAAAUUCUUUUGCAUAUGGGUAAUUAUUUAUAAUAUAUAAAUAUAUAGUAUUGACACUGCACUUUGCAGAAUUGGAUCAAUAAGUGCUUCAAUACUAUACCCAUUCUUAUAUUCAGCUUCUGAUAAUGAUUUGUCUAGAUGUUUACUUAUGUGUUUUAAAAUUGCAAUUUUUAGUUUCAUUACAAUUUUAAUACUAACUUAAAUAGACAGAUUUAGUGAUAUUAGAGAUAAAGUAGAAGAUCAAAAAUUAGAAAGCAUUGAACUUAGAUAAAUUAAAAAUUUUAGUUUAGAAUUUUAUAUUACAUUAAUAAGUUGUGCAACAUGCUAUUCAGUAUUUUUUAUAUUCAGUUAUAAUUCCGUUGA